AAGCCUGCUGUUCCCAAGCAAAGCCACAAUGGAUCAUAUGCAGAACAAUCAGACCUGCAACCUCCUGAACGGCUCUGAGGUCCAAAGUGAAGCAGGUGACCUGGAUAGCGCCCAGAUCCCCGUGGCUGAGGAGGCAGAAGCCACCACCACCACAUCAACGGAGAUGUCUGGUGGAGAAGCACCAAGAUCUCCCCGGAGUUCUCCUAGAUCCUCCUGUCCUCUCGCUGUCACAGGCUGCAUUUCAGGGAAACCAUCUGAUGAGACCUCUGGCAACCAGACAGAGGAGCGGAAAGAAGCUGAGUCACCCCUGAACGAUGAAAUAAAUACAAACGUUGUCCGUUUGGUGGAGUUCCUGCUCCUCAAGUACCAAAGGAAGGAGCUCACCACCAAGGCAGAAAUGCUGGACUGCAUCAACAGAGAUUAUCAGGAGUGCUACCCUGUGAUCUUUAGUGAGGCCUCUGAGUGCAUAAAGCUGUUUUUUGGCAUUGACAUGAUGGAAGUGGACCCUGCUGCUCGCUCCUACACUCUUGUCACUGCUUUGGGCAUCACCUAUGAUGGGAUGCAUCAUGGUCCCCAGGGCAUGCCCAACACGGGCCUCAUAAUAAUGUCCCUCUGCAUUAUCUUCAUGGAAGGAAACUGUGUCAGUGAGGAGAAGUUCUGGGAAGUGUUGAAUAAAUUAGGGCUGUGUGCUGGGUGUAAGCAUUUCAUAUACGAUGAGCCCAGGAAACUCAUCACCGAGGACUUUGUGCAGGAAGGGUACCUGGAAUACAGGCUGGUGCCUGACAGCGAUCCUCCUCGCCAUAACUUCCUGUGGGGCCCAAGGGCCCACGCUGAAACCACCAAGAUGAAAGUCUUAGAAUUUUUUGCCGGUAUUACUAAAAAAGAUCCCAGCUCCUACCCAACCAGGUAUGCAGAGGCUUUGAGAGAUGAGGGAGAGAGGGCCUAGGCCAGAAUUGGGCAGCAGAUGCUGCUCUUGCCGUGCUGAUUUCAAUUUGUGCUGCACCAGCAGUUUCUAAGGAGCAUGAAGUCAGGCAGACUCAGUGAUAUCGAUAAUGGAGUGUUAGGGUGGAGCUGGCGGGAGGACAGCGUGAACCAUUCCACUCUGUCUGUUCUGUUUGGUGACUCCUUAUAUUCAAAACGUUUCUGCUUUUAGUAAGAGGUUCAUUAAGGUGAUGUUUUUAUGUUAAAAAUUACAUUAGUAAUGCAUCUAUUACUGAUUAGUUGUGUUACAAAAGCGUUAUAAUUUAGUAAAACAUACUAACGUGUCUUUCAUUUUACAUGUAAUCUGUCACAACUUUCCAUGGCAUCCAAAUUGGCCUUUCCUUGGCAGUGUGAAAUAACGUGGCAUCAAUAUGAAGAAUAGAAUAAAAUUGUUAGUUUUUAUUA